AUGUCUUCAAACGGAGGAACGUCGACUUCGGUGCAAGUUGCACUCAGAAUAAAACCGCUUACACAAGAUGAUUUGAUUAAUUUACCAGCAAGAUUUCAACGUCAAGUUAUAUCAGUUUCUCCAUUUAAUCCAAAUCAAGUAGUUGUUGAUACGGAAAAGAGACAAUUAUUUCAAUUUGAUCAUGUUUUUGCUCCUGAAGCUACUCAACAAGAAGUUUAUGAAAGAGCAAUCGGAAAUAUGAUUACAAAAUUUUUGGAGGGUUAUAAUGUGACUAUUUUGGCAUAUGGGCAGACAUCUUCAGGAAAAACUCAUACAAUGGGAACAGCCGAUGAUCACAGUAUACCUCCAGAAUCAAAAGGAAUAAUUCCACGUACAAUGGCAGCACUUUUUUCUUUGGUUAAUUCUGGUCAAUAUAAAUCUCAUAAAUUCUCAAUAAAAGUUUCAUUUAUUGAGAUUCAUAAUGAAGAUUUAAUUGAUCUUCUUGGUGAGGGUAAUGAAGAAGAAAGACCUCCUGUUACGAUACGAGAAGAUUCAAGAGGAAAUAUAUAUUGGACUGGGUUACAAGAAUUAAAAGUUACCAAUGUAAAUGAAGUUAUGGACCAUUUAGCGCAUGGAUCAAUGAACCGACAGGUCGGCGUUACAGAUAUGAACUCUAAAUCUUCUCGGUCUCAUGCAAUAUUCUCUGUCACGAUGGUACAACAAAAAUUCAUUCCUCAUAAUUACAUUCCGGGAGGUCAAUCUGUUACAUCUCCACCUAAUUCAAGACCUGGAACUCCUGCUUCAUCAAGAUUUGGAAGUCAACCAUCUUCAAGAACAAAUUCUAGUUUAGAUAAAUUUGAUGAUGGUGAAUGGGUUACAAUAUCUAGUAAAUUUCAUUUCGUUGAUUUAGCUGGAAGUGAACGUGUAAGUUAUCAUUGUCAUGUUAAAUAUUAUGUUAAAUAUUAUGUUAAAUAUUAUGUUAAAUAUUAUCUUAAAUAUUAUGUUAAAAUUCGUGCUCAUGGUGGAUCUGUUAGUCCGGAAAAAGUUUCUCAAUCACCUUUUAUUAGUGGUAAUAAGCAUUCUUUAAAUGGAUUUUCUGAAAAGAAUAUUCCAUCUGCUAAAAUUCCUGGAAGGAGUACUCCAACUAAUGAAUUUAUUGGAAAGAGCUCUUCUACUGCUUCUGGAAUACCAGGAAGGAUGACUCCUACUACCACUUCUGGAAUUCCUGGAAGAAAUACUCCGGUUGGUGGUAGAGAAACUCCUACUAGAACAUCACCUGAAACUAUACAACUUUUGGAAUCAAGACUUAAAGAGAAGGAAGAAGCCUACACUGAACUCGAAGAAAAAUUAAAUAAUCUUCAACUUGGUGAUUCUUCUGAAUCAUCUGGUAGUGAUAAAAUUACUAGGCUUGAAGCUAAAUUGGAAUUUCUUAACAAUGAAGUCAAUAAACUUAGAAAUUUAGGUAUCAAGUUGGGUACGGACGAUCGUCCGGAAAAUUAA